UUUUAGCAGAGUUAGCAGACUGAUGCAACAGCAGUAGCAGAGCAUCGCUCAGAGUGUAUACGACAGACAGAAUAAUUCUGUAGGUGAAGUAUCACACACAGUGUCAGAAACAUCUGUUCAAUCUGUGUUGUGCUCCAGUGGACAGUGUGCCAAGAUCCCUGGGCACAGGGCUCUAAAAAUAUAACACUGACAAGUCUGUCACACUUGAUAAAGGAGGAAACAAUAGGAAUCCUGCCGAAAACUGAAGAGCGAUAGAAAACGGAAUGGAGUGGAAGAUAAGUUCGUGCACUCCAGACACACAAAACAUUUUUUUUUGUACACCACCUCAGGUGAAAAAAAAAUCUUUCUUGGCACAAACUGUGUCCUCACAGGGGGGAGGAGACACUUGCAGCAGCCCAUGACGAGACUGAGGAGCCCAGUCAUCGUUGAAGGAAUAGAGUUCACUGGGAUGUGAGAAUUACAGACCUGGGACGCUGGGCACAGUUCAAACACAAACCAUGGCCUCGGCCAACUUCUUGGUAUUUGUCAUUUUGUCCUUAAAGUUAUAAAUAUAACUAAUUAGUCUUGAGUGUGUCUGGUCAGCAGGGAGCGGCGGCCCUCCCUCCACACCCAUCACCUCAUGCCCACAUGCCCUUCGCAUGUGACCGACGUGAUAGAGUUAUAUAAGGCCGUUGAUUUCACCUUGUCUCGCCACACUUAGCUCUGGUCAGACCGUCCUUCAAGGGAUUCUCCAGUCUUAAGCUGAAUUCACUGUUGAGUUUCAUUGAUUGGCUGAUUGGCAGCAAUUUUUUAAAUACUUUCCAUAUUUGAACCAAAUCAUGAGUGAUCAGACCCCGACGGAGCUGCAGUGUGGGGCGUAUGACCGAGGUGUUCCCUGGAAGCUUUUUAGAAAAUGGUGGCCGUCCAGUCGGAAUUCCAGUCACGACGUUGGCCUGCCACCUUCCCUGGAGGCAGGAGACGCUUGGUGGUUGAGUUUAGCAGCUGCCACGUGGCCUGGGUUUGUACCCGCUCCUCUGUUUGUGCCCUACAUGUCCAGGCUAUCUCAGCAACCCGGUCAGAAGAUCAGUAAGGAGACGUGCAAGUGGACGGUGAGUCUGGAUGUGGCUCACUUCUCGCCUACUGAGAUUUUCCUCAGCGUCAAAGAUGGAUUCCUGGUAGUGGAAGGGAAACACGAAGAGAGACAAGACGAGCACGGGUUUAUUGCCAGGUCUUUUACCAGGAAAUACAGGCUCGCUGGUGAAAUAGUUACAGCAGAAAUCACAGCCACACUUUCUGCUGAUGGAAUCCUGACUGUGGAAGCGCCGGUUCCAGAAGAGUCGGUUCCGACUGUCACUGUCAUUCCCAUCAAGGUGGAGAUGGAGGGAACUGACAAAACAACAUGUGAACAAAUACACAAGGAAGAAACCCUGCCCGAAUUAGACCCAGAUAUCACCUCAGCACCACAGGUUCCAGAGUGUACAGAGGAUGAUGUGGUAGAGUCAACAGCAGUCGAAACUGAUCAGGACCAACCUGGCAACAUCACUGCUGCUCCUGAGCAGCCAGAAGAGAAGACAGGGCCUGAAGAGAAGGAAGAGAAAGAGGAGAAGGAGGGCGAGGGGGAGGACAAGGCUCAGAUUGAUCCAAAGCCAUUUGAAGACCCCCUACCUUCAGAGCCAGCAGAUGACAGCGAUAAAGAGAGUCAUCAAGAGUCCUCUGAGCAGCACAAAGACCUGGAAAGCCAGGGGAGCCCCAACACAGACCCGCCCGAACAGGCAGAGCAUGGAGAGUCAUCUCAGAGUGAAGAGAUCAAGGUUGAAGGAGUCUCCGGUGAGGCUGCUAAGGAGAUCCCACCAGAGGAGCAGGAGCUGGUCAAAAGUCCAGAGAGUGAGGUCUCCAGCCAGGAGCAGGAGGCGUCCGACAUCAAGGAUGAACACACAGAGUAAACAGAUGACGAGGUCUGGCUGAGAUGCUGCACUCAUUGCCUACUGACAUCAACAACUUGCACAGCUUGGCUUGGCUUUAGGUCUAUUAAAAGCAUUUUCUCUAUUAAACUGAUAUAAACUACCCCUGUCUUUGGAGCUCCAGUAAAGCACGUUCAAAAACACUUAUUGGUCUUGUUAUUUUAAUUUGAUUAACUCCCUAUAAAACAUGCUGGUGUUUUUAUUUUGAGCUGUCACUAAUUAAAAAAAAAAAAAAAACCCAAUCAAGAUUAAUUGCUGGAACAGAUGUUUGUGUUCGACACCUGUUUUUAUUUUCUGACUAAUCUGAAUGAUGAAAUUAAUCUGGAAAACAAAUGCUCAGUAAAAUAUGAAAAAGUAAAUCUCAACUUUAUAGUCCAGGGGUGUCAAACAUACGGCCCGAGGGCAAACACUGGCCCACUUAGUGUUUCAAUACGGUUCACUUGGAAAAAUUAAAAGAAUACAUAAACACUUCAUAUUCAGGAAAUGUUUUGAAAAAUUAUAUUUGAUUAAAUAUGAAAAUGUAUAUAAUGUAGCAUGAAAACAAAGGGGAUAAAAAACUUUACCUGACUUCUUAUUUAUAGGUGACAUCUAGUGGCUCAUAGAACAAGUUUAUUUCAAAAUGUCAGUGAAGUUGCUGUCCCUCACGAUCUAUUUGACAGUUGUGUCAGUCUCACUGUCAGCCAUAGACUGGCUGACUGCCUUGUUAAGCUGGUCUAACACCAGCCAGACCUCUGGCCUGAAGUCGAGCUUCCACAAUCACAAACUGGGAGUUGAGUUGUUAUUUUAAGUUCGAGGUUCUUUGUUGAAACAAAAACAUUUUCUUGCAGCGUGUGUAAAUAACAGCAUGUGUAUUAUCAAUGUAUUACAGCAGCAAUAAGUAGAGGGCAGUGGAAUUAUCAGAUACGCAGUGCAGGUAGUUUUCGGUACAAUAUGUUAAUGUUUUAAUCUGAUUCAUUUUAGAAAUCAAUCAACAGGAUUAACGCAUUAAUAAUGACAGCUUCAGUGUAUUUAACAUGGGACUCUACAAGUGAACAUCACGUUCACUGUUCAACUGAGUGCAAAACGUAAAGAGAUUAAUUACUGCGCGGCUCCAGCUAAGUGAUUUUGACAUUCACCAGGCUGCUGUGCUUCAGUCAUUCAUACUGUACAUGGGAAAACUGGCAAGGUUCCAAUUCUUCAUCCCUGUCAGCACAAGUAUGAACACUGCUGAGAACUUAAAGCAACACUUAAUCAUCACAACCACAGUUGGGACAUUGUUGGGUUGUUACUCUGUCCAAUUAUAGAAUACUGAAGCAACCAUAAAAGAGUUUGAAGUGAACCAAACUGACAACAGACAAGAAGAAGUGACAAUGUUAUGCAGGUAUUCUGGGUUUUACAUAGUACUAGUAGAAUAGUCAACAACUUAAGCCAGUCAUGCUGCAGGAGUAAAGCUGUUAGCACCUGGGCUAACAGGACCUCCCAUUAAGGAUAUUCCUGGGCAAUUUUGUUUGGAUUUUUAAACAGCAGUUUCCCAUCAGAGUAAUGGUGAUGGCAGCUGUUAACGCGCAACUCCACUUUGAGACAGUUCAAGUAACAGCCUAAAAUAGCCAUAAAAUCAAAUUCAGUCUCUACACAAACGAUGGACUUGCUCUCUCCAAGAAGCUGCAAUGAAAUGCCAUUUUGGCUGCAAUACCAUUGUUGAACAAAGGGGGGAGGGUUGUUUCAUAGAACUAUAGAAAUAAUAGUAGUUUAGGACACACGUCCCAAGAGUCAUUUUAUAGCCUGUUGAAGCUUCCAAAGUCAAAGUAUGUUUCUACGGUUCUUUUUGUUGUUGUUGUUGUUGUUCAAAAUAAAUACCAAAAAUAUUCCAAUAAAGACAUCACGUAUGUAAAAUACAACUAAACUAAACAACGUUGUCCACCUACACACAGAAUCUCUGGAACCUUCCAGAGUGUGUGCAGUACAGCAGCACUAAACACCCCAACAACAAAGCAACAGUUCUUGGAUUCCUGUUGUGUACCCAGCUCUGAAUACAAGGUGUUGAAACACAAACAGAUUUUGUGGCUGAUUUUUAUUAUUAUAAUUAUUACUGCUUUAUGCAAUACAAAGACAUCAAGAAAAAAGAGAACAGAAUACAGACAAUUUUCAAUAGUCUACCACAACAAUCAUGCUAUCAUUCUUCAAACUGUUCAAAAAAAAAAAAAAAAA